AAGCUUUGAAUUCUCUUAUUUCAUUUUAAUUUUACCACAAUCAACAUGUUUGAUGAAAUGCUUUAACCAUAUUUCUGGUUGGUUUUAUAAUUUCUAGCUUUUAGAAAUUUAGUAAGUGAUUGCAUGUGAAAUAAGAAUAAUUGGAUCUUAGUAAUUAGGAAAUUUUAGCUGCACAAAUAGCAUCUUUGCAGAAAACAUAUUAGCAUGAUGAUUCCACUUGCAUUAGUGUUCUUCCGGUAAAUUUUAACAGUUAUUGUGAACUUGUUAAUUUGCUAAUUGUUCUUGUGGUGUUGUUCUGUUGUUCUUCUGUUACUUUUAAUUUGUUUUGUUUCUGUUGUGAUUUUCUGUUCUUGAUUUAAGCUGUGAUUGAAGGUUCUUUGAUUUGGGUAUUCUUCACUUUCCUUUAAGCUUAGCUUUUAAUUCUUUGGGCAUACAGUAUCAAAUCAUUGUUUUCAGCAAUGGUGUUUUUUAGAUUUUAUUUUUAGGUUGCUUUGUUUUAAAUGUUCCUAUUGUUGUUGUUGUGUUUUUUGCUGUGAUUUAAAUGUUCUUUUGAUUCUUUUUUUUUUUUUUUUUGAAUGCCCAGUCAGUACUUGGUUGAUUGGUUUUGCUCACUGAUUGUAUUUGAUAAUAAAUUUUAAAUUGAUAACUCUAUAUUCUGUAGUUAAAUUUUAUUAAAGUUUCUUGAAUUUGCACUGACUAUGUUAUUGAUUCAAUGUUCCUUCAUUGCUUUUUUUUUGUUGUUAAUCAUUGUGAUGAGCUUUGUUAAAAUUGGGUUGAAAUCUGUUAAUCUUUCUUCAUUUUUCACUGUUCUAACUUCUGUUCUUAUUAAAAAAUUUGCAAUUGGUGAUCUUUUGAUUUAUUAUAUGCUUCAUGUUUUCAUUGUUCUGUUCUUAUGAAGAAAAAAUUUGCAAUUAGUGAUUGUAUGAUUCAUGUUUUGAUUGUUCUGUUGUAUAAAAAAAAUUCUGUUUUCAUUGUUUGGUUGUUAUUUUAUGACAAUUCUUGAUCUCCGCCGACUUGCUAUCCCUCCUCCGUGUUGGAUUCUUUUUGUUUCAGGCUUUGUUGUGUUUUUGUUUCAGCCUCUGUUGUGUGUUUGUUUCAGGCUCUGUUGUGUGUUUAUUGUGCAACACUAUCAUUUUUUGUUUUACUUUUUGACUUAGCUACAUUAAGACAAUAUUCUCUAUCUUUAACUUGUGCAUUGUAAUUCAAUCCAAGCUAUUUUUAAUGGAAGUAUAAUUAUGUUAACUAUCAACAAAUUUGCAGCAAGUUAUUGCAUAUUUUGAUGAUUAACUAUGUUUAGUUUGUGAUAUUUUAUGUAGGGUUUUAAAUUUGAAAAAUAUUUAGGAUGUUUAUUUAUAAUUUAUUUAUUAUUUUAUUAUGGAACGGUUUUUCUAGUUGAAUCACGGUUAGACCGGUUGGAUCAGUAAACCAGUGAACCAGUGACUAGAGCGGUUUGAUGACCGGUCCGGUUUUUAGAACCUUGCGUCCUAUCUCUUCUCUGCGGCUGCUGCUAUGUCUUCUCUCUCUCGCCGCCUUUGAAAAAUAAAGAUUGGUAACUGCAUGAGAAAAGACUGGCCAAAUGAAAUAGUAAGGCAUGUUUAAAGUUGACUCUGCGGACAGACCCUAAGGUAAAUUAUAUAAUUUCUAAUAAUAUGUGUGCGCUCAUUGAAUUUGCUGUAGUUGGAACUGUAAUAAUUGGUUCAUAUGGAGCUCCCUUGUCUGUCAUAGACACAUUUUAGUUCCCUAAGCUAAUCCUUAGCAUUGCUUUAAGCCUUUAGAUAGUAAUGCUACUGGCUUUGGAUAUUGUUAUUACAUUUUAUCUGAGUUAUCCUUGUUAAAAUUUUUGACAUAAUCUUUGAAGUUAGUGGUUCCUUUGACAUUCAUGGUUUUUUGAAAAAUAAACAAAUAACAAAUAAAUAAAGGAAAAGAAGGGAAUGUGCUGCAUUGUUGUUUUGGACUAUUGUAGUGGGCUUGUUCUGUUUUAGUCAUGCUUGCCCAACCCAAGUAAGAAAAAAUAUAUAUCAAAGGGUAUGUGUGCUCUUGGUUUUAGUUUAAGUCACAUAUAUAUCACCAACAACUUGGGGAGAGAGAGUUUGAUAAUGAGACGAAUGUGGGCUUCUGACACAAAGAGGGGGAGCGAAGGGAGAUGGAGAGAGGAGACUGGGGAGAGAGAGAGAGAGGAAAGGUGGCUCCAUGAAACUUGCCACCACCAUGGUUCGUUCAUUUAGAUCUUUCGGAGACUCACCAACUAUGGAAGACAGCAACCUCAUGUCCGGUGGCGGCUCAGAUGAAGUAACCAUUGGUGAAGUUGUGCCCCCUUCUCUUCCCUUCUCUUUGCUCCUAUUAUCUUCUUCCACUGUUUUUUCAGUUUUCUUCUUUCUUCUUUAUUCUUGCUUUUAACAUGAUGUGAUUAUGCAAGUCACAUAGCAUCGGUUUUCAAUUCUCUCUUAUUGUAUUUAUUUUCUGUAAUGUUUGUGAAUUGAAACGUUGCAGAGACGACUGUGUAUACCCAAUAUGUGUUGUCACUGUGUAAAUGACAAUGGAGUGUUUGUGUGUGAUAAUUGUGAUGGUUGGGUAAAUGAAAGUGUGUAAAUGACAAUGAAGUGUUUGCAUGUGAUAAUGGUGAUGCUAGGGUACAUGUAAAAUAUUUGAUGUAGAAAAAAUAAGUAACAGUAAAGGAGGAGUGAAUUGGAUUCUUUUCCUCAAAAGAAAGUUUUGCUCUUCUGUUGAGUGAUCACUGUUUUAUAUAGAUAAAAGUUUGCAUCAAUGAUGCAUAUGUAGGGGAGAAGAUUUUCAACAAUAGAUUGUCCAAAUUUCAAACACACUUAUUCAUUCUUUGAAUUUACAUUUAUUCUCUUUGAACUAGGUGCUUUAAUUAACUUUUGAAAUUUCCAUAUGUCACCAGCACAUGGUAAGACUUUGGGGACUUACACCUUUUAUCACAUUUGGUGACUUUCCAACGCCAAUAUUUAAAGCACAUGCAGACAAAUGAGACCAAUUCCUAUAGCUAUAGGAAGCAAACAAAAGCAUCAGGAAGAAGGAUAUAGUGACAUGUGGAGCUAUAUGCUGGAUUUAAAGGAAAUAAAAAUAAAAAUAAAAAUGAUCAAAAAGAAAAAGAAAAGUGAAACUAGAUGGCGCAAACAGCGGGAACUUUUGGGCCCAGAUACUAUUAGUUUUCUAAUCCAACUCUGCUUCCACUUGUUCUCUGUCUCACCCCACCAGCGAUCUCGUCACUCCUUCAUCUCUCAGCCUUGAGCAAUUGAGCCUUCAGGCCUUCACCAUCGCUGUUGUCGUUAGUUCUGCAGUUGUGUAUGCAUCAAGCUCAUUAGGUACAGGCAUCCUGGAAUGGUUCUUCCUUUCACAAGAUACAUUCCAUUGCACAACCGUUUGGUCAGAAGGGCUUCAACUUUGCAGAGAUUUUUUCCUGGGCAUUUCAAUCCCAUUUUGCAAAAAAUUUCCACUUCUAGUAGUAGUGACUGUGAAAGAUUACCAUGGGAACGUUCUACCCAAGCAAUUCUACUAGGGAAGCUCAAAACUGCUUUGAGAAACCAUCAGAUGCAUGAAGGAUGGGAAUCCUUUCAGGAUUUUAGGACACUGUAUGGGUACCCUGAGGUGGUUAAAGAGGAGAAUAAUUCUGGUUUGGUUCAUGUUGAUACGUUAACCAAACUUGCACUUUCUUUGGCAAGGUUGCAAAUGUCAACCUCUGCAGCGGUGAUUCUUAGAUUGAUGCUGGAUAAGGGGUGUGUGCCCCCUAUGCAUUUGUUGUGCUUGGUCUUCUUGCACCUUGUGAAGACAGAGAUUGGAGCAUAUAUUGCAUGUAAUUAUUUGUCUCAGGUUUGUGACUUUUACAUUUGCUUGAAGGAUAAAAAGGCUCAAUCUGCGGAUGUGGUUAAGCCAGAUGCAUCAAUCUUUUGCCUUGUUCUUGAUGCUUGUGUGAGGUUUAAUUUACCCUUGAAGGGCUUGUUGCUGAUUGAAUUAGUGGCACUAACUGGGACAGUGGUUGAUGCACACACUGUUGUAAUAGUUUCACAGAUUCUAGAGAUGAAUGGUUUAAGAGAUGAAAUAAGGGAAUUAAAAGAUCACAUUGAUAGUGUGUCAGCUGCUUUCAUUCGCCUCUAUCGACAAUUCUAUGAUAGUUUGUUGAGCUUGCACUUCAAGUUUAAUGACAUUGAUGCUGCUGCUAAGCUUGUUUUUGAUAUGAAUAGUUCACAUAAUCGUCAUGAUAAUAAAGAAAAUAGGAAAGAUCUUCAAAAGCCUUGCUCUAUUGCAAUUGGAUCGCGUAACCUUAGGGCUGGACUAAAGAUACAUAUUGAGCCUGAGCUGCUGCAGAAUGAUUCUGUUGUUAAACCUGAAGGUAGACAAGACCUGAUCUUUUAUAGGGGUCAAAAACUUGUUCUCAGCAACAGAGCACUGGCAAAAUUCAUUACCGGUUACAAGAAAGAUGGGAGGAUUAGUGAACUUUCAAAGCUUUUACUUAGCGUUCAAGAGGAACUAUAUUCAGUAGCAGGAUCUAGUUUGUGUUCUGAUGCAAUUGGUGCUUGCAUUCACUUUGGAUGGCUUGAAUCUGCUCAUGACAUUUUGGAUGAUGCAGAGGCUGCUGGAUCUCCAUUGGACUGGGAUACAUAUAUGUUACUCUUGUCAGCAUAUCGUAGGCGCAGAAUGCAAAGAGUAGCAAAUGCACUGCUAAAACAAAUGACAAGGGUUCAUUUGGAUAAAGAAUUGGCUGAUGAUACUAUCCACGAACACUUUCAUUGUGUGGAAACAUCAGAUUCACUUGUUAAAUCGAAUUUGGUCGUCACCUUGGUUCAAAUAUUGAAAGAUGAAGAUCGGAUUUUUCCUUUGGUGUAUGAGUUUAAUUCUUCCAUCCACUUCUUUUGCAUGGCGAGAAUGAUGGAAGAUGCACUAAAGGUGUAUAGAAGAAUGGUUGAAAUGAACAUUCAGCCCACUAUUCAGACUUUUGCUUAUCUGCUACGUGGAUAUUCAUCUCUUGGUAUGUAUCGCGAGAUCACAAUCUUGUGGGGAGAGAUCAAGAGAUUCAUGAAGGGUUGUGGUUUUCCGGCAAAUAGAGAUCUAUACGAGUUACUACUAAUAAACUUUCUUCGCGGUGGAUACUUUGAGCGAGUGAUGGAAGUCAUUGGCCAUAUGAGAGACCAAAACAUGUAUGCUGAUAAGUUGAUGUAUAAAGUUGAGUUCUUAAGACUUCACAAAAAUCUUUAUAAGAGUUUAAAAGCAUCAGAUGCAAGAACAGAAGCACAACUCAAAAGGCUUGAGCAUGUUCAGGAGUUUAGGAAAUGGGUGGGUAUAGUUUGAGUUUUCCAAUAAAUAUCCAUCUGUCAUGGUGUACUUUUUGUAGUAUUAUUCAUUAAUCCUAUCAAUCAUCAAAUGGAUCCGUCAUUUGAUCUUUGCUCAUUGAUCAUAGAAUCACAGCUGCUGUUCUUUGCCGAGAAAUGCAAUUAUGUUGCCAAUUUCAACCUUUGUAGAUGAAAUCAUUUUUAUGGUUGACGAUGUUUGAACUAUUAUUGCACUACCAUUGGGGAUUUUCCUUGACGGCAAAGCUUAUAUCGAAGGGAUUUAUGAACACAUGCAUUAGAACUUUAGUGAUUUAAUGCAUGUAAAUUGAUUUAAUUAUGUAACUACAUCACGUGGAGUAUCAAUGGAAAAUUUUCAGUGGUCUUUAUUUGC